CCCCCAGCCAGCCGGAGAGAGCUCUCAGGGCGCUCGACAAGUUGCAUCAUGCUUUUGAUUUCUGGGAUGGCGCUGUGACUCUAAAGGACAAAUUGUUGUACCAUGUCCACCCGGCGGCUCCGCAGCGAGGACUACAAUGACUACAGCUCCACGGACAUCACGCCAGAAGGGAGCCCGACUGGGGGCAUAAACGGUUUUGCCCACCCCGGGUCCUACCAGCGCUUUGGGGAGACCAACGGGACAACAUGGUACCAGACCUUGAUCCACCUCUUGAAGGGAAAUAUUGGCACGGGCCUGCUGGGGCUGCCUCUAGCCGUGAAGAACGCCGGCAUCUUGUUAGGUCCUCUGAGUCUGCUUGUGAUGGGAGUCAUUGCUGUGCACUGUAUGAGCAUCCUUGUGAAGUGUGCUCAUCACUUCUGCUACAGAUUCCAGAAGCAGUUUGUGGACUACGGGGGUGCUGUGAUGUACGGGCUGGAGUCAACUCCCAGCGCUUGGCUUCGGACACACGCUGUCUGGGGAAGGCGUGUAGUGGGACUCUUCCUGAUCCUCACUCAGUUGGGUUUUUGCUGUGUGUACUUCGUCUUUCUAGCUGACAAUCUGAAACAGGUCAUAUCUGCAGCAAACAGUACUACCAAUGACUGCAGCUCAAACAAAACUGUGGCCAUGACCCCCACGAUGGACUCCCGGCUCUACAUGGUCUCUCUGCUGCCCUUUGUGGUUCUGCUCACGUUCAUCCAGAAUCUCAAGGUCCUGUCCGUCUUCUCCAUGCUGGCCAAUCUGGCCAUGCUCGGCAGCCUUGUCGUCAUCUACCAGUACAUCAUAAGGGACAUUCCUGAUCCCAGUGACCUGCCUCUAGCAGCAGCCUGGAAGACCUACCCACUGUUUUUCGGCACUGCGAUCUUUGCUUUUGAAGGCAUUGGAGUGGUGCUGCCUCUGGAAAACAAAAUGAAGAAUCCCCGGCAGUUCCCGCUGAUCCUCUAUGUGGGGAUGACGAUCGUCACUGUCUUGUACAUUAGCCUGGGUGUCCUGGGAUACCUGCGCUUCGGAGCAGAAAUCCAGGCCAGCAUAACGCUCAACCUGCCCAACUGCUGGUUAUAUCAAGCCGUCAAACUGCUUUUCUCCUUUGGAAUUUUCUUCACGUAUGCUGUGCAAUUCUACGUGCCUGCUGAGAUCAUCAUCCCUCCUAUCAUCGCACGAGUGUCAGAGCGCUGGGGGUGGCUGGUCAACCUGCUCCUCCGGACGGUCCUGGUUGGCAUCACCUGUGUGCUGGCCAUCCUCAUCCCACGCCUGGACAUCGUUAUCUCACUGGUGGGCUCUGUGAGCAGCAGCGCACUGGCUCUGAUCUUCCCCCCGCUCCUGGAGAUUGCCACCUACUACACUGAAGGAAUGCACCCCCUUGUCAUCAUCAAGGAUGUUGUGAUCAGCCUUUUUGGUUUUGUGGGCUUUGUGGUUGGAACCUAUGAGGCGCUGGUGGAGCUGGCUACUCCCUCCAUGGUUGUGAAUGCCACCAGCAUCUUGGUGCAGUGAUGGCCCUCCUGCCCCAUGCACCUCUCUGAAAGCUGUGCUGGAGCCUGGUAGCACGCUGGGGCUGGGCAUUGCUGCUUUCCUAGGGACGUUCUCCUCUCUCUCCUUGUAAAAUGUGGUUAUUUUGGCCUAUGUGAAUGAGGCUGAGCUGGUGACGAGAGGAUAAGCCUCUCACACUCCCCACCCAUCACUGCCACCCAUCUCGAGUGGCAGCAGGGUCUCCAUGCUGGUUUCUAGAGCCAGGGGAGGUGAAGUCUGGCCUGUGGCUGGGGUAUUGCCUUCCUCAGGGACUUUUCUGGCAGGGGAGAUAGCAAAACAGGCCCCCUUGGCACCCAUGUAAACAGAGUCACUUUGAGGGGUGAGGAAUCCAGGAAAUCUAGAUUUUACUUUUAUUUUUUUUUAGUUCCAACCUUCCCAUAUUCCCCACUUUCUUUCAGCAGAGGUAGGGAACAAGGACUGCUUUUCUCUGUGCCAUUUUUUUUUUCUUUCCUCCUACAUCAGCACUUUAUUUGAUGGCAACAGAGAAACUUCAGCUCAGGUUGGAGAGCAUGGAGUUGCCUCCUCCCUCUGCCCCUGUGGGCAGGGAGAGCAGUGCCUGAGGUGUGGAGUGUCCUGGGGACAAGGAGAGCAGGUCACCCCUGGGUGGGUGUGGGUCCCAUGUCUCCUGGAUGCGAGAGGCACCCCUAGCUCUCCUGCAACUGGAGAUCCCAGGACAUGGGCAUUGCAUUUGGCAGCUCCGUGCCUUUGGGCACUUGUCAGCCUCAGUGCCGGGAGUGUUGCACCUCUGCUUCCGGCUGUCUCUAGCAUUGUGCAAGCCAUAAUGCAGGGCAGACUGCCGGAGCCUUAGGGCUGGGCAUGGCAGCUCUGAGACUGAGCAGCACGGCUUGCUAAACCCUGGCCCACAGCUUUAGUAGUGACUUCUCUCCCCUCUAGAUCAUGUAUCUGAUGAAUGUUUUUCCUGAAGCGUUUGCACGACUCGGAGGGACCAAACCGGGCAUGGGACUCUGAAACAGCGAGCGAGUUGGUUAUCUUCAGCUAGGAGCCCUCUCUGUGCCGUUGUGCUCUGCUGUGUGGGACAGUGGUGUUCCCAGGAGGUCACUGCUGUGCUAGGCCUCUGCAUGGAAAUACGCCUUGUUUACAGUCCCUGAGCUAGCCUAGCACCUCUCUGGCUGUACUUGCAGUCUCAUUGCCGAAUACUAAAUCAUGAAAAGGAGACCAGGUCCUUCCCCCUCCUCCUGGUCCUGCUCACUUCCUGAAAACACCCUCUACCUCUGAUGCAGCUUCAUGUCUUCUGUUAGGAGGCAGCUCUCUUUUGGCACGUCUCUUGUUGCCCCUCUUGCUUCUCGCAUUGUCACUGCUGUGUGUUGCAGAGGGGCAGGCCCUUCCUGAGGGCUGAGCCAGUGCUGUGGCCCCACUAGGCUGCUGCUUUCCUCUUUGGGGAAGAGGAGGCCAAAGGCAUAGACAAGCAAAGCCGCUGUAGUUAGGGAGAGAGAUUACUCAGCGCCCUGCAAACUGCUGGACUUUGUGCACCAGCAUCCAGUGACGUGGAGUCACUGCUGUCUUAGCUAGUCCUGGCCAGUUCUGAACACAGCAGUUCCCUGCAACUUAUUUACUUCAAUUUCUUGCACAAAAAUCCCCAUGCUGGGGACUGGGCUGCUGCUGGUGUCAAAUGCUGCCCCUGCUAUCCUUCAGGGGCUCCCUGGGCACCCUUGCUCUGAGCACAGUUCCUGUAUUUCUGUUCUCCUUUACCCUUCUGCUGGAGUUUUUUGCGACAGGCAGAUGAGAGCAAAUGCAUUCUCCGUAGGAUGUUUUUUUCCUAGCAGUGCAAAAAUAUUUUGGCUUCAGGAGGGGAUGGAUGCUAAGGAUGAGCUGUGGCCAAGAGAAGCAUCCCCUGCAGCUCAUCUCCUCACCAGGUGAUAACUCAGUGACUUGCCCUGCUGCCUGAGACCUGCUUCCCAUUUGCUCACUCUGGCUUCAGCCAGCUGCUGCUGUGCGAGUCUGUGGGGCUGCUGACUUCUGCAGGCUUUGUCAGCAGUCAUCUGGGUAGGUAGCUCAGCUGCUCCAAAAGCUUUUUUUCGUUUUAUUUUUGUUUUGUUUAUGGUCCUUCACCUGCUUCCUAUUCUCUCGGGGCUCCUGUAGCCACAAAGCUCAUCCUGUUUCCUCUAAAUCUAUUCUGGUGAAGAUUUCAGCCCGCUCCCGUGUUGCUGGGUCACAGUGACAGGGAACCUCUAAGACAAAUCCUCAAUGUGGCGGGUCACCUUGGGGGGUGACAGCAAGGACCUGGGUCUUGCAGCAGGCAAGGCCAGGCAGAGGGCUAGGAGGGAGCUCUAGCACACACUACGUCCCAAACAAGUGCAAUAUUAAGACCAUCUCUGCACAUUGUCUCUGGGAGGCUUUGCCUGUUCCUGGCCAGGUGUCAGAGCCUGGCUCAGUUGCUUCAUGGUGCGGCCGAUGAGGUGAGAUACAGAUUUGCACUCCAGAAUGACUUUGCGUUAGAGCCUCAGAGACCUCCUAGGCUCAAUGGUUCAUAGCGGAAAACUGGCUGUGAUGAUGGGUACCUGCUCUAAGGCUCCUUGAUGCACUGGUGACCUGUCCCCCACUGUCCUUCCACAUGCACGUGCUGCCCAAGCUGUCAGCCUGGGAAUUUAUUGCUUUGGUGAAAGGAUUGGCUUAAGCCAGUGCUGGAGGGAGCACACUAAAUCACUUGCAUUUACUGGGUGGCACAUGCUGAACGCUGGGAGCUGCACUGCUUCGUUUUCAGGAUUCCUGGCUGGAUACGUAGCGUCCCGACUUACUGUGCAAGCGCCAGCAAAGACCUCGCUUCUGCGGAGGCUGUGGAAUAUCACAGGAGCAUUAAAUGGUUUGUGAGGUACUUCAAUUUAUCAUGCUGAAGGGAAGAAGUGAUGAGUAGGGAGUGCUUGGAAAUGGGGGCUAGCAGCCUUGGUGGGACUGAGGAGCUCUGGGACUGAGCUGCAAGGGCCUGAUGCGGGACUGGGUGAAUGGAAAAACUUGCACUUGUGUGUUGUUGGCUGCGCUCUAACCAAGGAAAUUGUGUAGAUAUAGAAAUGAUUAAUGUACAUGUCUUGUGCCUAUGGAUAUUGUCAGGGUACAGCAUGUGUAGCUGCCCAGUGGAAGAACCCGUCUCUGGUGCUGUACCUGAUUCGUAUAUCUUCAAUCAAUAAAUAAUAUCUAUUUUUUAUGUGAAAACGC